AUGACAGAAACACCAUCAACCACUAGAAAACUACAUAUUUUGGUCGGCGCUACUGGGAGUGUGGCCAGCAUUAAGAUACCAAAGCUUGUUCACUUAUUACGACAAAAUCCAGAGUAUGAUAUUAAAGUGGUCACAACAAAACCUGCACUCCAUUUUUUCAAAGCGUCUGAUGUUGAAGCAGAGGUGAUUACAGAUGAGGAUGAGUGGAAUGCAUGGCGUCAAAUAAAAGAUCCCGUUCUGCAUAUUGAUUUACGCAACUGGGCAGAUGUUAUGGUGCUGGCGCCAUUGGAUGCCAAUACGCUUGCCAAAGUCGCUACUGGACUUUGUGAUAACCUUCUGACAUGUGUCCUUCGGGCUUGGGAUCCGGCUAGACCAGUUCUGGUAUGCCCAGCCAUGAACACCAAUAUGUGGACGCAUCCAUUUACAGCCAAACAGCUUGAAACACUUGAAUCCUUCCUUGGCUACAAGAUUAUACCACCCAUCAGUAAACUAUUAGCCUGCGGAGAUCUUGGUGUCGGAGCCAUGGCAGAGGUAGAAACCAUCGUAGAAGAAAUCAAUCUGACAGUUCAUAAUGUACAAAGCCAUUUGAACGAUAAUGACUUGAAGUAA